AUGGGUUCAUUGCCGUCCAAACUAUCAUAUGACAAAAGAAAUUAUGAAAAUGUUAGUGCAGUUCCAGCUUCCAUGGACUGGAGAAAGAAGGGUGCGGUCACAGGGAUUAAGGACCAAGGCCAAUGUGGUUGUUGCUGGGCAUUUUCAGCAGUCGCAGCCAUGGAAGGAAUCCAUCAGCUGAAAACUGGUAAGCUGAUCUCGUUGUCUGAGCAAGAACUUGUUGACUGCGACACUGCUGGGGAAGAUGAAGGCUGCAAUGGAGGCCUCAUGGACGAUGCAUUCACCUUCAUUAUUAACAACAACGGCCUUACUACUGAAGCUAAUUACCCGUACCAAGCCGUUGAUGGAACUUGCAAUAGCAACAAGGAGGCUAAUCAUGCUGCAAAGAUCACCGGAUAUGAAGAUGUCCCUGCAAACAAUGAGGCUGCACUUUUGAAGGCUGUGGCCAAUCAACCUGUUUCAGUUGCCAUUGAUGCUAGUGGCAAUGGCUUCCAAUUCUAUUCAAGCGGCGUUUUCGCUGGUGAUUGUGGGACUGAAUUAGACCACGGUGUGACAGCCGUUGGGUACGGUACAAGCUCUGAUGGAACCAAAUAUUGGUUGGUUAAGAAUUCUUGGGGAACUGGCUGGGGUGAGAAGGGAUACAUCCUGAUGCAAAGAGAUAUUGAAGCUAAAGAAGGCCUCUGUGGCAUUGCGAUGCAAGCUUCUUACCCUACUUCUUAA